AUGGCAGAGGACCAUGAUAUCUUUCUUCAGAAAUUACAGAUUGAGAUGUUUCUGAAGGCUCAGCUGCUUAAGAACCCAGACAGAGACAAAGGCAGAGACAGUGAGAAGUAUGGGAGGAAUACAAAGGAAGACAGGCCAGGUCAGGAGAAGUCUCCUGUCAAGGAGACCAGCAACAGUAGACCACAGAGUGGGAAGGAGCGGGACAGGGAAAGAAACAGGGAACGAGAAAGGGAAAGACAAAAGGAAAAAGAGCAACAAAGAUCUGCAGGAACAAAGCGAAAUGAAGGUGGAAACAGAGGCAACAGGAAUGAAAGACCGAACAGUUCCAAGAAAGACUCUGAAAGGAAAGAUGCCAAAGACACAAAAAAGGAUGAAAAACCAACAGAAAAGGAAAAAUCUGAUGCUACACAACCUGGCCCUAAGGAAGAUAAAUCAAAGGCAGUUACUCAAACCAAGAAGGAAGAGAAAACUUCAGAAGCUUCAGAGGCCAGAGAGGGUAACAAAGGUGCUACAGAAAUGGCUGCCAAGCGUAUUGGUGAUGAGAAUAGUAAAGGAAGCGACAGCUCGGGAAAGGAGGAGGGAGCAGGCGAGAAAAAGGAGAGACGACGUUAUAAGGAUCGCCCAGAGCGUGCCAUAUAUGUCCCUGGUAGACGACGUCAAGAAAUUGAGAAGCAGAAGAAGGAACCUGAAGGUCAAGGUCAAGGAGAAAGCUAGCCGAGGAUGGUUUCUACUGAAGAACACCGAACUUUAAACUGUUCUGGACUGCCUCGGACUGCACUUCUGACACUAGUCCCUUUGUGCCGACCAAAGAUUCCAGUUUUCCCAGAAUUUUCACAAGUUACGUUCCAGGUCACACUGCUACUAUGUACAAGUUUCAGACAGAUGACUAAGUGAAUACUUAAACCAGCUACACCUUUGUUAGACUGGCAACUAUUGCAGGGUGCUUACAGAUAUGAAGAAGCAAAAUUUCUGAGUAUUAUGAAAAUAAACUUCUCGUUAUAAAGA